CAAUAAACAAAAUAAUGAUUAUUAAUUUAUUAUUAGGUAUGUAACCAUUACAAUAUUAAAUGACUUAAUAGCCAUGUAGGUAUUAUGAAUUUAAGUUGAAUCAAACAUCUUUAAAUAAUCGCAAUAAUUCUCAUUUUAACUAUUAUAAAAUUAAUAAAAUAAUUAACGCAGUGUAUUAAAGACAAUGUAACAACCAUCUUUCUCUACAACCUUCUUGGUGUAACAGAGAAUCGUUACAAUCAUGAGUUCCGGAUUUGUAUCUGAAACAGAGCUUGCCGAACGGCGCAGGAUCCGUCAAGAAGAAUGGGACAAAGUUAGAACGGCUGAACAGCCUUUGGCGGUGCCCGAAGAAGAAUAUGAUCACAGAUCAUUGUUCGAUAGACUUGAAGAACAACGCAGAAAAAAAGAAUACGAAUAUGAAGAAACUCAUAAACUUAAAAACAUGAUAAGAGGUCUCGAUGAUGAUGAAGUAGGAUUUCUUGAACUAGUUGAUAAGACUAAAAUGGACGAAGAAAGACGUCAGCUAAUCGAAGAGGCCAGACAGAUUGAAGAAUAUCGUUCAAAAGUAUCAACUCUUCAGUGCGAAACUAUAGUUUCCCCGUUAAUGGUUCCUAUAUCUAAACCACAGACUUUGAACAGCAGUGUAACAAGAAAAACACAGAGUAAACUAUUAGCGGGUGCAAUCGUAAAGAAAAGAACAUCUGAGGAGAGCACUAAUCCUUCAAAAAAGCACAAACCAAUCGCUGAUGAAUCUAAAAUAUUACCAGAGAAAUCAACAAGUGAAACUAAAUCUAAUAUUUUACCAGGACUUGCAUAUUCAGAUAGCUCUGAUGGCGAAGAUGACUAGUUCCUUGUAUACAACUAAGGAAGUUGAGAAAAUUGCAGUUGAAUAACCACUAAAAUAAUUAAGUGGUUCAUAAAUGUUACA